GUUUGCAUCGAAGGAAGAAGCCAAGUUAAAAAGGACACCAGGCGAAAGUCUGCUGAUGUCUAGUCGCUGAUGUCCAACAUUACUUUUAACAGUUACAGGAUUACUAAAAAGGGAUAAAGUCUAACACUUGGUUAAACUCGUGAAAUGGAAUGUGUGUGUGCAUAGUUGAUCCCCUGCAUGUGGUCUGAAGAGCUUGUACGGAAGAGCUUUAAACAUGGAUACGGAAGACUUCCCUCCCCCACCUCCUGAACUUUUUGCAGAAGAUGAAGAUGAAGGGGAAGCCUUUGAUUUUGAUGACAGUGGUGAUGAUAUCCCGGAGGCGGAUCGGCCACCCGCCACCUUCAGCAUGAAGGAGCAGUGUCAAGUUGACCUUGUGUGUCAUGUUGCUGAGGGUGAUCAACCCAGCCUGGCCCCCCAGAUACUUUGCAGCAUACCCGACACAGCUCCUUCAGCAGAAGUUCUCACAUGCAGACUCCCCACAGCAAGUGAAGCAGCACCGGAAGCAGAUCGGACAACUGCUGCAGAGGGGACUGAUGACAAGGAGAUCGAUUUAACUCUGCCACCUCCACCUGAUGAUGUUGUGGAGACUGAUUCUGGAAGAACAGGGAGUGAAGACCAGCUAAUUGCCACACAUCCUGUCCCAAAGAGCUCCUCGAAAGUCAACCCUUACUCUGUGAUUGAUAUCACGCCGCUCCAGCUGCAGGACGUCGAGCAGAACGGAAGCUCUUCUUCUCCUCCUGAACCAGGAGAACCCAAGGAGCAAGUAAGAGAAGCGCAGGAUACCCACGGCAGCCCUGGUGGCAUCACCUCGGGCUACUCCGUACCAGUGCCUUGUGGCUAUGCAACCCCGUCUGGUGUGCCACUCAUCACGCCUGCUUACACAACACCGGUCAUCAUUCGACACCUCUCCGUGGAUGAAGAUGUCACAGUAAUACAGACUGGGAACACUUCUGUUGACAGUGUUUUCACUGAAGAUUUUCCACCUAUUAAAGAGGAGGAUGCUCUGGCAAAGUGGGCAUCAGAUCCUGCCAACACUGCAUGGAUGGAAAAUAUAGAUGAGGUGAUUUACGACGAUGUGCCCAGGGAGAGCUCUGACUCCAACACAGAACCAGAUGAAAUGAUUUAUGACGACGUGGAGCUCGGUGAGGAAGGAGGUUAUCUUGACAAUGGCUGGAGCUCAAGCGAGUUUGAAAGCUAUGACGAGGCCAGCGAUGGAGAGGGACGCUCCGAGAAUGGCAUGCCCCAUGCUUUCAUGAGGGGGAAGCCCUCCCAGAGGAAGACACAUCUCUCUCAAGAUCUGAGCCGCUUGAAAGAACACUAUGAGAAAAAGAUGAAAGAUCUAAUGGCAAAUACAGUGGGAACGGUAGAGCUGCAGCAGCUCAAACAGAAACACGAGCAGAAGAUGCAAAAAUUGGUGAAAGCAGCUAAAGAAGGGACCAAGGAUGGGCUUGAGAAAACCAAAGCUGCAGUUAAGAAGGGACGCUCUUUCAUCAAAACCAAGUCGUUUUGUCAUGAGAAAAAGUCCACCUGUUUUGAAGAAGAGGAGACUGAAUUCUUCAUUGAGGUGGACUGUUUCAAUGUUGAGCCAAUUUUGGGUCCAGCUCCAGAGGGCCUUUCACAACAACAACUGGUGAGAAGAUGUAUACUGGGAUCCAUACUGGAGAGUGAGAAGAAUUAUCUAGAUGCACUGAAGAGGAUUUUAGAGCAAUACGAGAAGCCCCUGUCACAGAUUGAGCCAAGGCUACUGAGUGACAGGAAACUCAAGAUGACCUUCUACAGAGUGCGAGAGAUCCUGCAGUGCCACUUCCUGUUCCAAAUCGCUCUGGCGAGUCGAGUGGCAGAGUGGGACAGCCUGGAGAUGAUUGGUGAUGUUUUUGUAGCCUCGUUCUCAAAGUCAAUGGUGCUGGAUGCCUACAGUGAAUAUGUGAACAACUUUAGCACGGCAAUGUCAGUGGUCAGGAAGACAUGUGCAGCCAAACCUGGCUUCCUGGAAUUCCUGAAGCAUCGUCAAGAGACGAGCUGUGAUCGGAUGACUUUGUAUGGCCUGAUGAUGAAACCAAUCCAGAGGUUUCCACAGUUCAUUCUGCUACUCCAGGACAUGCUCAAAAACACACCCUUGGGACAUGCCGACCGCCUGCCGCUGCAAAUGGCCUUAACAGAACUUGAGACCUUAGCGGAGAAGCUCAAUGAAAAGAAGCGAGAAGCUGAUCAGCGCUGUGAGAUUCGCCACAUUGCAAAGGCCAUGAAUGAACGCUACCUCAACAAGCUUCUGAGUAAUGGCAGCCGUUAUCUGAUUCGGUCCGACGACAUGGUGGAGACCGUCUACAAUGAGCGUGGUGAAGUCAUCAAAACAAAGGAGCGACGCCUUUUCCUACUCAACGAUGUUCUCAUGUGUGCCACAGCCAAUAUUCGGUGCCAGGACGGGAGUGGAGGUGGAGGUGCCCCAUCAGACCAGCGGUUUCUUCUAAAGUGGAGUGUUCCUUUGAACUUUGUUGAAGUGCUGGAGUUUGGAUCCAGUGAGGACAUGCCUGACAGCGCCCGAUAUCCUGCCCCUCAUUCUGGGGAGAAAGUGGUCAUCAAUGCAAAGCCAAACAAACUCUACAUGGGCCCGGGUCAGCUGUACCAAGAUCUGCAGAACCUAAUCCAUGACCUCAACCUUGUCAACCAGAUCUCUGGCAUGAUCAGCAGCCUCAAAGGCCACUAUCAGAAUGUGAACCCCACAGUGGCCCAGGACUGGGUAUCAGGUCUGCAGAGGCUGAUUCUGAAGAAGGAAGAUGAGAUUAGGGCAGCUGACCGCUGUCGGAUCCAACUUCAACUGCCUGGGAAACAAGACAACAGGUCGUGUAAGCCCACAUACUUCAGCGCGGUGUUCAAUACCCUCAACCCAGCCAAUAAACAGUCAUGGAUCAGUAACUUGCAAAUGGCCAGGCUGGCUCUAGAGGAGGACAACCUUCAGGGCUGGUUCUUUGCAGAGGAUGACGGAAAUCAGCUCAAAAAGCAGAAACACCCACUUUUGCUCAAACAGAUGCCCGUAGUCAUGUCUAAACUGCAGGAGUUCAAGGUGGAGUGUGCAGUCCACAACCCGGAGCCCUAUAUAAACACAGAGAGCACAGCAGACACCCCUGCGGUGGGUCACGGUUGUGUCUGGGUUUCAAGCUGUACCAACCAGAUGGGGCAGAUAGCCAUAGUAGCCAUGCAGAGCUGCAGCCCGAAGGUGACCGAGUGCUUUAAUGUGGAGUCCCGCAUACUCUGCAUGGCUUACGUCCCAGCAGAACAGCCACAGGAGAAUGAUGUCCCUGAAGACGGGAGAGCCAGUGUUACACCCACUGUCUGCCUGGGCAUGGAGGAGGGCAGCAUUAUUGUGUAUAAGAGCAGCCAGCGGUCCAAGAAGGUACGCCUGCAGCAGUUCUUCUCCCCAGACAAAACCACUGUCACUAGCCUGGCUUACAUGAAACACUGCUUGUAUGUCGGCCUGGUCAGUGGCUCUGUGGCCAUCUACUCCAGAUCACAAGACGGACUGUGGAAAUGUGAUAAGCCCAAGGUGGUGAAGUUGGGAGUCCUGCCAAUCAAGGCCAUGCUGGCUGUGGAAGAGCACCUCUGGGCUUCAUCGGGUGGGCAAGUCUUCAUCAUCAGCACCCACACACACUGUGUGGAGAUGCAGCUGGAGGCCCAUCAUGAGGAAGGUAUGGUGGUGUCCAACAUGGUAGUGGCAGGGGUGGGCAUCUGGAUUGCCUUCAGCUCCGGUUCCACUUUGCGUCUCUUCCACACUGAGACCCUGGAGCACCUGCAAGACAUCAACAUUGCAACACCUGUCCACAAUAUGUUCCCUGGGAGCCACAGAGUGUCAGUGAGCAGUUUGUUGGUUUGCCAUGGUAUGCUGCUAGUUGGAACCAACCUGGGUGUGACUGUGGCGCUUUCGGUCCCCAGACUACAGGGAAUCCCCAAGGUCACAGGUCGGGGAAUGGUGUCUUUGCACGCUCACAUCGGACCAGUCAAGUUCCUCACCGUGGCCACAGCAGUCUGUAACCAUCCCUCAGGCCUCCCAUCCCCCACCUCCUCAGCCUCAGCCCAGGCAACUGAGCCAGAGGAUGGAGAGUGCGCUCAGCCCCCCUCAGACUCAGUUUCGACCCCGCCUCAGGGGAAAGGCGUCUGGUUGGGAGAUGCAGGUUGCACCACAAUGGCUCUUCAGGACUCUCUGUCCUCAUCUUGCGGCUCUUUAGCUCAAUCCCAAGGCUCCUUGGAGCACGGGCCUGAGGACGGAGCCCUUUAUGACAUGCUCCAUGAUCCGGCCCACCACUGGAGGGGACGCCGGGCCAGUAAAGUGGAUGUCAGCUCGCUGCUGGUGGUGUCUGGAGGUUCGGGCCAUCGCAGGGUGAACAAAAAGACCAAACAGUCACGCCAUGACGACAACACCUCUACCAUCCUCAUCUGGCAAAUCCCCUUGCUCAACAUGUGACACGCCAGCAAGCUUUUUAAUCACAAAGACACCUGAUCUUACAUUUCACUGACCCUUUGGACCAAUUACAACAAACUAAAAGUAUUUAAUUUAACCAGAUUUUACUCCACCACAGUAUUUCUGGUGAUGAAAAGGAACAUCAUCACUGUUGUGCCAAAACGGGCUCAGAGGAAAUCUUUAUUUGUGUGAGCAAAGACAGGCUAGCUAAUACAUCCCAUGAUCCUCUAGUGUUUUUUUUUAGUUCAUACAGACUGCACUAGACCACCGUUUUUCACUUAUUUUUCUACCUGAUGCGUGUGAAGUAACAAUGGGGUUGUUACGUAAAAGGUUUUUUUUAAGAUUAGGAUCAGGUUUAAGAAAAUCUGUCAAGAUGUGUUGAGGUGUAAAUAUGGAGUUGACUGAGGAUUAUUUCUAUGAUUUCAGACAAACAUUCUUUCUCUGUGUGAUAUUGAAAAUAUCAUUUCAUAGCUGGACAGCUCUGAGCUAGUCCACUGCUCUUUACCUGUGUGUUUGCAAAGAAAAGGGACAAAAAGGGUGAAAUAAUGUUGACUGAAUUACUUCAGAAGGGAUGAUGAGAUCCCUGGCUGGCCGGGGUUCGAACAAACAGACCAGUUGUUAUCCACAAGGAACGUUUUUUUUCCAGACCUAAUUUGUUUUUAAUUCUUACUUAGAUAUAUUUAAAAGCAAGAAAAAAAACGAGUAUUUUGUCACCCCACUCUUGUAUGUACUAUUUGUUGUGUUAUGUUUUUAACAAAUCUAUAAACAUUGUUUUAUGGAGAUA